AUGCGGAAACCAUCACUCGCCCAGGCCGUGUAUAGUGCGACCUUCCCGCGCCCGCGCGCCAGCGACCCCGGCUCCUUUGCAGCGCAUAUCACUCGCAAUCUCGUUCCAGAAGUGCGCAUUGAAACAAAUACGUUCUACGGUCCCUUGGAUUGCAUUGAGGCCCAAUAUCCCGGUUUGGAUUACUCCUAUGGCCCGCAUCGCAUGAGACUGGGUCGGUUUACUUGGCAUCGCCGACUCUUUCACGUCUUUGAUAAGCUACGACUAACAGAGGCCGAGAUAUCGGAGCUCUGUUGCUGGGAAGGAACCAAAUCUGCUCGUCGGCGAUAUGAGGCCGAGGAAGGAAUUACUGUCCGAGACACUACAGCCAGUGGGGUACGCCCUGCGACACCGGCCCGAGAACCUUCGGUUGAGAUUCACCACUACGAUUGUUGCGGGACAGAAGAAGAGUUCGAGCUGGAUCUCGAUCUCGACCAGAUCAUAGAGACUCGUAGCGAUGACACCGUGCGCGCGAGCGAGUCUCGUAGCAGCUCGAGUGUGGCCUCGGAGUAUCGACACGAGUUUGAGGAAGACUACAGUGAUGAUGAGAUGGAGAGUUGCGGCGUAGCCCUGAACCAACGCUUGCUGGACGCCAUGGCCGCGCGCGAUCAAGGAGCUGAUGUGCCCCUUGACGAGGAUUGGGAGCAAUGGCUGAAGGAGGCUGGUGAGCGUGGAGGGUACGGCGACAUGGUGCAUGCGAUACGCACCAAUCAACCCCUGGGCUUCCUUCCCGAAGCACCGACAUCAAUACGACACAGCAAUCCUCGUAUUACUACACCGCGGGCGGCCACAUUAUCUGCAGAGCAGUAUCUCUUUCCAAAUCCGGCUGAUUACAUCGUCUUCCCCCAAACGUCAAAUCGCCGCACACACAGCACGGCGCGUUGA